UUUAGCUUACUCUCCCACACCUCCUCCUCCCCACUUUGACCUUCACUUCAUUUACUCACCUCCUAGUACUUCUCCUAUCUAACACCUCCUUUCCUUUCCUGCUCCUUCACUUCCUCCUCUAUAGUUUGACCUUCAUCUUUACUCUCGUCUUCUUCAGCACCUCCUCUACCUUGGGUACUUCUACUUUCUGAGAUGACACCUCCUUCAUGUUAUGUUACCGUCCUCUCCGCUUUUUCUCUGUGAAGCACCUCCUGCUUUCAUCUCUUUACCUCCUUUCUCUGCUUCCCCCUUUCUCACUGAUCUUCCUCUCUUUCAUCUCUCCUCUGUACCUCCUCUGUUAUUGGACCCUCCUCCCCUCCUGUCGUCUCCCUUCAGUCUCCCCCUCAGCAGGAGGAGCAGAAGUCUGUCGGCAGAGCGAUGCAGAGAGCGCGGCAUGAUGUCCUCCUCCUGGUCCCGGACUCUUCCAGUCUUCCUCCUGUUACUCCUCCUCUCGCCUCCUUGUCUCCUCCACCCUCAGCCGUGUCUCCUUCUCGCGCAGAUCGGACACUCGGUGCGCGUGGGUGCGCUCCUGCCGGCACAGCGCGCGGCUCGCGUGCGGGUCCAGGCGGCGCUGAGCCGCGCGGCGGAAGAGCUGAGGCGGGACCGGGACCUGGACCUGGACCGGGACCUGGACGUACAGCGGGAGCGGGAUUCCGUCCUGCCUUACAACCUGAGCCUGGAGCUGGUCUCCCGGCACCCCGCUGCGUCAGACCCGCAGUCCGUUCUGCGCGCGGUGUGUGAGGGCGUGGUGGUGCGCGCGGUGUCCGCCGUGCUCGCCUUCCCGCAGAGCCGCGAGGAGCUGCUACAGGUAGACCUGUUGGCGUCACACCUGAACAUCCCGAUCAUCAGCGUGACCGAGCAAGAGGAGCCGCUGCGCACACAGAACCCGUUCCACCUGCAGAUGCUGACCGGGGUUCCAGAGUCCAGUCUGUCCGAUCUGUUGCUGACGGUUCUCCGGCGGUCCGGUUGGAGGGAUGGGACUGUGGUUCUGUGUCGAGGUUGGGAGGAGUCUGGAGGUAUCCUGCGGCUCCUGGAUCAGACCAGUAGUGGUGCAUCAUGGGAUGGUGGGAGCGGUGCUGCCUGGCGCCUGCGCGCUGUCUUGAACCUGACACAGUCGUCACAUGACGAUACUCAGAUCCACGAUUUCCUGUCACGACACUUCAGACAGAACCAGUCCUCACCCGCGUCUGUGCUCCUUUUUGGAGCAGACCCUCAAUGCGCGGCAGGUGUUCUACGCAGUGCCCAAGACUUGGGACUCACGCUACCCAUGAUGCACUGGGUUCUAGGCAAGCCGCUAAGCCCUGAUGCACUGCACGCCAUUGGACUGCCGCUCGGCCUGCUGGCCUACGGAGAGGUACAGAGGAAACCCCUCGAGUUUUAUGUCAGAGAUGCUCUGCAGCUCAUCUCCAGGGCCAUCACCACAGCAACCAUGGUGAGACCGGACCUGGCUCUGAUCCAGAACACGGUGAACUGCUACGACACGCCUGAACACCAGGUACCAUCAUCAGGACAGUACCUGACCAGGUUUCUGUCCAACACGUCUUUCUUAGGUCUGACAGGUCCGGUCCGGGUCCACCUGAACCGGUCUCAGGUGGUGACCUCACAACGUUUCCACAUCUGGAGCCUGCGACGUGACGUGCUUGGUCAGCCCACCUGGGUGACUGUAGGCAGCUGGGAGGGGGGGGAGCUGAAGGUGGAGGACCAGGGAGUCUGGCAGGGACCCAAACCUCCCCACAGGACGGAAGGCGGGGGCGGGAGGACCAGGGGGCGCUGGAGGCCGGGGAUGCCAGUGGCGGGUAGCCGAGUCCGUGUGGUUACCCUGGUUGAACAUCCCUUUGUGUUCACACGGGACGUGGAUGACGAAGGGAGCUGCCCUGCUGGUCAGUUCUGCCUGGAUGCCAGCACCAACAGCUCAGAGACCCUGCAUAGGUUUUUCAGGGAGGUGGCCGGUGGGAACGGCAGCUUCCUGCCUGCAGAGUACAGCAAGUGUUGCUAUGGAUACUGCAUCGACCUGCUGGAGAAGCUGGCCGAGGAUCUGGGCUUCGAGUACGAUCUCUAUAUCGUUGGAGACGGGAAGUAUGGAGCGUGGAAGGCUGGGCGCUGGACCGGGCUGGUAGGAGAUCUUCUGAAUGGACUUGCAGAUCUGGCUGUCACCUCCUUCAGUAUCAACUCAGCGCGGAGCCGGGUCAUCGACUUCACGUCACCCUUCUUCUCCACUAGCCUGGGAAUCCUGGUGCGCAGUAAGGACACGGCAGCCCCCAUUGGAGCCUUCAUGUGGCCCCUGCACUGGUCUAUGUGGGUGGGCAUCUUCUUGGCGUUACAUAUCACAGCGCUCUUCCUAACGCUGUAUGAGUGGAAGAGUCCGUAUGGCAUGACGCCUCAUGGGCGCAACAGGAUCAGGGUAUUCUCGUACUCCUCUGCCCUGAACCUCUGCUAUGCCAUCCUGUUUGGACGCACCGUGUCCUCCAAGACCCCCAAGUGCUGGACUGGCCGCUUCCUAAUGAACCUGUGGGCAAUCUUCUGUUUGCUGGUGCUGUCCAGCUACACCGCCAACCUCGCCGCCGUCAUGGUGGGAGAGAAGACUUUCGAGGAGGUUUCAGGGAUCCACGAUGCCAAGCUGCAUCACCCCUCGUGGGGUUUCAGAUUUGGGACGGUGAGGGAGAGCAGUGCAGAGGACUACAUGAAGAAGAGUUUUCCUGAGAUGCACGAGUACAUGAGACGAUUCAAUGAACCGACUACACCUGAAGGCGUCGCCACUCUCAAGACAGAUCCUCCUUAUCUCGACGCCUUCAUCAUGGACAAAGCAUUGCUCGAUUACGAAGUUUCCAUCGACGCUGACUGUAAACUGGCAACCGUAGGGAAACCGUUCGCCAUCGAAGGUUAUGGUAUUGGCCUGCCUCAGAACUCACCUUUGACCUCCAACAUGUCCGAGUUCAUCAGCAGGUACAAGUCCGAGGGCUUCAUGGACCUGCUGCAUGACAAGUGGUACAAAGUGGUGCCGUGUGGGAACCGUGUGUUCGCUGUCACCGAGACUCUGCAGAUGGGGAUUGGUCACUUUUCUGGUCUGUUCGUGUUGUUGUGUGCUGGAGUGGGCGGAGCUUUGCUGACUCUGGUUUGUGAACACGCUUUCUACACGCUGGUCCUGCCGCACAUCCGCCGCCGGCAGAACCUGAAGUACUGGCUGCACACGUCACAGAAAAUCCAUCGAGCUCUGAACAUGACGUAUGAUGACGUAAAGAAGCAGCGAGUGGAGAAAGAGAAAAGCUGUAACCUGCAGAAGGCUCCGCCCCAGUCAGGCCCCCCCGCCCCUCCAGCCCCUGGAACCUCAGCCCGGUGGAACAACGAGACAAGUAAGGAGGACGCAGUGGAGGCUGCGGUGAAGGACGCCAGGGACUUUAAACGAGUCCAAUUCAACCUGGAGUCCCUAAACACCCGCCGCCUGCUCGCACGCAUCUCCAAGGGGAGUGGGGCUAAAUGUGAGGGGGAGGGGCCAGCCAAGCCACCGGCUGCUCCUAACAGCCGAGUGUGCCAGAACGGUGGACCUGCAGCUUCAUUAGCAAGUUUGGUGCUGUCCCUCCCCUCAUCGUCUUCCCCCUCUGCAUGUCCAAAUACCUCUGCCCCACCCUCUAUACUUAUAGCCCCCCUCCCUGCAAUAAAGGCCCCUCCUUCCUCCAAUGUGGCCCCGCCAAAGCCUGGCGAGCUGCAGGAGCUGCAGGAGCAGAUCGAGCAGAUGAGGGAGAAGUUGAGGACUGCUCUGGCAAGGAGGGCAGAGAUCCAGACCACUCUUACCAAACCUGUGGUCACAGAGACAAACACUGCCGCUCCUGUUACCACGACAACAACAGAAACAGAAACAAAAACAACAACAACAACAUCAGCUCUUCCUAGUGUUGCCGCCGUAACAACAGUGUCUGACCACACAAAGUGUGUGACGACCAUGACAGACCCUCCCCACAAAGUCCUGUCCAAAGUCCGGCCCUUUCCCAGAAGAUUUGCCAAUCAGAGGAGGUGAUGAUUUCUGUUCACAUGAACCACUACACACGGCGGCCAUUUUGAACUGCUGACAGGGAGUAGAGAUUUAACCCUUCGUUUUCAUUAGUUUAGAUUUUACCCUUAAUUUUUUGAGUGUAUUUAGAUAUUAGUUUGCUUCUUUAACAGUUUUUUCUGAUGUAGAAACAUUAAAACAGUAAAUUGAUUUAUAUCUC